CCAGCUAGCUACCUCAAUAUUCUUCCCUCUCUUCUACUAUACGCUCAUGGACGCCUAUCCAUCCAUGUUCCGAUGCUCCUCCCCUUCGCCGCCGCCGCCGCCGUAUCUUUCGCUGAUGAAUAUGAUGAAUAAUAACAGUGGUGGGAUGGAGAGUGGGUUGUUGGGGAUGAAGAUGAUGAGUGACGGUGGCGUAGUGGAGGUUCCCUGCAGCUCGGAGAUGAUGAAGAGUGAGUCUAUUUGCGCUGCUGUUGCGACCACUGCGAAUAAUAAUAAUGGUUUCACGGAGAUCGGCGCGGCGAAGUCGCCGCCGCCGUCGGCGGCGGCGGCGGGGAAGAAGAAGGGAGAGAAGAAGAUGAAGAAGGCUAGAUUUGCUUUCCAGACUCGGAGCCAAGUUGAUAUUCUUGACGAUGGUUAUAGAUGGAGGAAAUAUGGUCAGAAGGCUGUUAAGAACAAUAGAUUCCCAAGGAGCUACUAUAGGUGCACCCAUCAAGGAUGCAACGUGAAGAAGCAAGUUCAGAGGCUGUCAAAGGACGAAGGAGUUGUGGUGACAACCUACGAAGGCAUCCAUUCUCACCCCAUCGAGAAAUCCACCGACAACUUUGAGAACAUCUUGAGCCAGAUGCAAAUCUACGCCGCCGCCUUUUGAUUUCAUGAAUAUAAUGCCGCCAUAAAUGCACCACCUCAGACACGAAAUGGUUGUGUCGACUUGGCGUACAAUUAUAUUAGCUUAUAGUACAACAGAUAUAUAUUUGUUUUGUCGUGUGUAAAAAUUCGUGAGGACGUACAUGAAUGUAUUUAGAGAGGCCGUUAGAUUAAUUAGAAUUCUACACGGACUCGGAAUGGUGUGGGAAUGGUUUCUUUACCCUAUUUAGAUUAAUAUUUAUCUUAUGGAACUCUUGUUUAUUGUUA